AAAAAAUGCCAGAGUACGAGCUAGCCUUGAUAGCCAAACGCCUAACAAAGGUGAGAGGAUAUGACUGAGUCACCCCUAAAAAUGAUUUUGACUAGAAUUUUUUGCAGAAGCUGUAGCACCACAAUAGGAUGUUUUUUUUCCAAAGUUUAAAUUCAAGUCAAGACUUGGACUUAUUUGCGUGAUCAAUCUUUUUGUUUGGACAGGAGGGUUUUUCUUCCAUGCUUCGUCGGACAGCUUUAUUCAUCAUGAAUGAAGGAGGUGUUGUUAAGAAAAUGGAGAAUCUUGGAGAGCAAGAACUGCCUCACAGAAUGAGAGCGCAUCAUGAAUGGAAUACGCAUGGAAGGUAACGAGAGUCAAGCGUGCUACGUAGUAACCUAACCUCACAUAUUAUAGAAUGUUUGUUUUAACUACUUUACAAAAAUUGCCUUUUGUUACCAGUCAUAUUGUUUGUUGGCCUUAAAAGUUACGGGAAACCAUGUCAGCUGAAUAUGAAUGCCUACUGUUUCACGCUGGGAAGAAAAUAAUUGUUUGAUGAAAUUGUACUUCCUUUCUAACAGCCAAAAGCCUUAAAGAAAUAAUUGCCUUGCAGAUAAUUAUGUGCUCAUGUGUAAUCCUGUCUGGCUACAUCUUGCUGCAAAUGACAUUCUCUUCUUGCACAGUAGUACAGUAGCGGUACUUAGAUAAUGGCGUAAUAUGUGACUAACACAGUCUAUAGACUGUAAGAUUUUUACACCACUAAGUGCGUUGGUGUAUAUGUAUGUAAGAUUUUAAGCCAUUAACUAACGGCGUAAAAUCUUACAGUAUAUAAUUUACCAACUGGAAGAAAUCACGCCGUUAGUUACUGGCGUAAAAUCUUACAUAUAAACACAACCGACUGGAAGAAAUUACGCCGUUAGUUACUGGCAUAAAAUUGUACAUAUUAUGCCGUUAUAUAUAUUCCCGUACAGUAGUACCACUAUUUUGCCAUGGUAUUAGGUGGUGAGACCUUGUUGCAUUUGGUCUGCAUACUUAAAACCCUGGUUAACAUUCUCCGACAUUAAUCUCCUCUUUAGUUUUGAUAAGAGCUAAGUGACUGAAACUCCUAUAGGAACUGAAAAAGAUUUAUCCUUAGCUGAAGGUGGUCUGUGUAAUGCACUAAUCAAUUCAAAGCUUCAAAAUCCCCACUCCCUUGGGCAUUUGAAAUUUUGAAGGCCCUUUUGUUAAAAUUACAGCAACUGGGGCAAAAACUGUAUACAAAUGCCCCACCCACAGAGAAAAUCAAGAAAUGUUACUUUCUUCACUUUGACUUUGUAUACCUUUUUCUUUUGAGCCAUUCACUUGUGAGAGGGAACUAGUCCUCAAAACGCCUCCAUAUUAAAAGAUAUAACAUUUGUAAAUUCUCAUCACUAAUCUGACUUUUGAACACUCCCCAUACAUAAAAGGGCUAACAUGUAUUCAGAGUAUAGCUGUUUAGCUUCUUUUAAUUCCUCCUUCUUUCUGUUUUUCUAGAUACUUCUUAAUAAACUUUAUCUUGGGAGCAGAUGGAGUCAAACAACUGAAACGUGAGCUGGAAACAGACUUAGACCUCAUACGGCCAAGAUUUGUGAAAGUUAGAAGCUGUUAUGAACCAAAGAAAAAACCACUUAAUACUAUAGAAUGUUGGAACAGUUACAGACCUCCUUAUAACACAUAGUUACACCAUUUGCACUUGUACACACUCACAUACAAAUGUCAGAGGAGUUUCUUCAGGUGUUCAUUUCUUAAUUGAAAUUUGCAUUCAUUCUUGGGAGUACUGUUGAUUGGUGUAAAUUUUUACAUUCCAGUGAAGUGUUUCAUUGUAAAAAAUGAGUCAAAUUUAAGGAAAGGACUAAGACGUAAGAUUGAAAGGGGUAAUUGGUGGUGACAAUCAAUGGUUUUGAGAGUCUGGAUUCUAAAUCGUUUCACUUCCAAUAUCCAAAAACCAUUUCCCUGUCUGCUGUACACUUCUUGAUUUUUAAGUUCUGAGAAUUUGGUGUAAAAUCAGUCAUAGUCCCUUGGUUGAUAUUUUUUUCUAUCUUUUUGUGACAUCUCAGCUUGAUAAUUUAUACAUAUUGUAGGAACAAAUUUCUUUUUGGUUACUGCUACUUUUAGGAGUGAAAGGAUUAAAUAGAAUUAAGGCUGAAAAUUUUACUCUUUCACCUGUGACAUGUUUUGCUAUAUGAUGCUAGAUUUUCAUUCCUGGGUGUUCAGACCUUUUUUCUUAAGUGAUACCCAAGCAGGAAAUCAGUUUUGCCAUCAUAUGGAUACAAAUGAAAUAUUUGAAAAGAAUAUACAGAAAACCUUGAAGAAAGCUUGGAAGUGACGAGCAUGUGAAACUUUUUUCAUGUUAUGAUAUUUGCUUACACAUGAAAAUAAAUCAUACAUGUAUACCCCUUAUAGAGAAAUAAAGUAGUCCUAAAUAUUGCUUG